AUUUCCAGAGGCGGUCAGGGAGCAGGGAGCUCAGAGUAAACAUUUCAGCUUUGCCCCCGAUGCCCAUGUUCCCCUCCCCUCCCGUCAAACUGAGGCAUAGCAGGAGGGAGUCAGGUCUGACAACGUUUGACUCCACCCGCUCCUCCUCCCCCACCGAAUGUUGCCACCUUUCCCCCUGGAAGCGAAAGGCUGCGCCCACUGACCCUGACACUGACGGGGUGGCCCUAGGUCACCGGCCUAAGUUUCCCAUCCCUAACAUCCCCUCCACCCUGGACAAGCAGACUAACUGGUCUAGAGCUCUUCCGUUGCCCACCCCAGAGGAGAGAAUGAAAAGCAAUACCCAAGUCAUCGCUUCAUGUGUCAUCCCUAUUAAUGUGACCGGGGUUGGCUUCGACAGAGAUGCCAGUGUGCGCUGCUCACUCGUUUACUCCCAGUCUUUGCUUCAGAGGAGACGGAAGCUGAGGAGACGGAGGACCGUCGCUGGCUUUCCCAGACAGGUGCAACAGGAUUUAGACUCUGAUGACUCUCCUGGUUCCAGGGAGCGGACGGUGAUAGUUCAUGUCUCCCCAGAUAUCACCCCAUCCAACGAGGAGCUGUCCAGCCAUCUCAACACCAGAGACUCAGGCUGCCAGACAGAAGAUUUUCUGAUCUCAGGAGCACCAUCUCGGAGAAGGAUCAGGGUUCACAAAGGCCAGGGAGGGUCUCUCUUACAGUCCCGUUCGGCAGGAAACAUCUUGUGUUUGUCGGACAGCGCUGACACUAUGUUCACCACCUCGGUCGCUGUUCACCUGCGCUCACRUAGUCUGCCCAGAGACAGCAGCAGGAUGAUGGACGACGGGCAGAAUGACAGCGACGAUGACGAGGAGCUUUCCCCAUUUUCCACCGAGGCCUUUCUGCCUGGACAGAGGGAGAGGAUUCUGAAGGACGAAGGAGAGAGUACCGACGACCAGGCCAUGGGGGACCUGAAGUACAAGCAGCUGUCUGAGAGUCCAGAGCGCCGGUGGAUGGARCGAACGAGAGCUCAGCUGCCCAGGAACAUGGGCAGCUGUGAGAUCUCGUCGAGCUCCGAUACCUUCAGCAGCCCCAUCCACUCUGUCUCCGCCGCGGGGGGGCUGGCGGGUCAGAUGGACCACAAGGACGAGCACCAGUCCUCCAGUGGGAACUGGAGUGGGAGCAACUCUACAUGCCCCUCUCAGACAUCAGAAACUAUCCCGACUGCAGCCUCCCCGCCUCUGACCGGCUCUUCACACUGUGACUCCGAGCUCUCCCUGAACGCUGCCCCCCACGCCAACGACGAGCAGACCAGCUUCACGUCGGACCACUACCAGGGUCUCAGGACUCAGCGGGCAGGCUCCUUCUCCUCAACAGCUAUGGAUAUUUUAGAGGAAGUAGGAGUUAGCACAGCCGCAGAGGGGGACUGGGGCUACCCCCCUGCAGAGCCCUCUCACUCUCAGGGCUUCAGCCCCGAGCCGAGCAGAGAGGCYGAGAGCAGCCUGGGCUGUCCUAGCUUCACCAGCAUGGCCACCUGCGAGAGCAGCUUCUCCGACAAGCCGCCGUCGGAGAAGGCGGACACUGUCUCACACUACUCUGUGGACACGGAAGGUUACUACACCUCCAUGCACUUCGACUGCGGUCUCAAAGGGAGCAGGAGCUUCACAUAUAACUAUGCACCCUCUGGUUCUGAUUACGCUCUCUCUGACAUCAGCGGUCACCUGACUCUGGGGAGACGCUGCCUCUCCUUAAGGAAACCAAAGGCAAAGCCGUCUCCGCCCAAGAGGAGCUCCUCUUUAAGAAAAAUCUGCAGCGACGGGAACAUCACGGACAAGAGCAAACCAAAGAUUACACACAGGCAGCAGCUUCCUCACUUGUCCAGGGAGAGGAAAAUGCAGCUGGCUCUGUUCGGCUCACAAGGUUACGUAGAAAACUCUUCGUUACUCAGAGAGCCCCUUGUGAUGUGGGGAGUGGAGCGCUCCACCGAUCUACCUGAUGUAUUAAACUCCAAAGAUACACAAUCGUUUAAAGACGAAGGUGUUGUGCAGUCAGAYUAUGCAGAUCUGUGGCUCCUUAAUGAUUUAAAGUCCAGCGAUCCUUACCGAUCCUUGUCGAACUCCAGCACAGCCACCGGGACGACUGUGAUUGAGUGCAUCAAGUCACAGGAAGGCUCCGAGUCCCAGACGUCCCAGCCCGGCUCCAGAGCCACCACCCCCUCCCUCCCAUCCGUAGAAGGAGAGUUCAAGCUGACCUCCCCAGAGAAGCUGGCGGGCCUGGCGAGCCCGUCCAGYGGCUACUCCAGUCAGUCAGAAACCCCCACCUCCUCGUUCCCCUCCACCUUUUUCCCCGGRCCGCUGUCGCCUGCGGGUGGCAAGAGGAAGCCCAAAGUCCCAGAGAGGAAGUCCUCUCUUUCGUCACGGUCUCUGCACUCACACUCCACCAAGGGUGGGGCGGCCUCGAAGAGAGACCUGGAGCUGCCGGUGAUUCCUCCUUCUCACCUGGACCUCAGUGUGGUUCACAGAGUUAACAAGGCUUCAGCCUUCAGGCCCCAGACUGAAAACACUUCUCUCGUUAAGCUAAAAGAGGAAGUCACAUCCAAACCUGUAGAGGUGUUCAGCGCCCACGCUCUGUCCAUUACACCCUCUGUGCUGCACUCAGUCCAGCUGAAACCCACCAACAAGCAGCGGGAGGAYGAAAGCAAAACAUUUUGUCAUUCUCCUAAUUUCACAAGCACUAAGUCUCCACACAACUCAUAUCAUCAUGAUAAACUCAUAACAGAGCUGAGUGAAUCCGUGUUUACCUCAAACGAAGAGCUCACGUCUGAAGAGAGCCACAACCAGGAUCAAGAGGCCCCUGUAGAGACCACAGCUGAUGGGCUGACUUCAGAAUCAUGUUUAGACCUUCCUGAAACACUCCUCGGUCAUGAAAGAGAGUCACCGGUAACAUCCGUCUGCUCCGGAGACUCCCAUCCAGAGCUGUCACUGCAGCAAAGCAGCGAACAGCCCGGAGAAGAAAUGUGUCCCACCCCUCCCGUUCUGCACAGUUCCCCCAAGAGAUCCAGCAGUCUGGAUAAUGUGCCUGCUGUUGACAGCCACCUGGAGACAUCCCAGGAGAGCUCAAUCAGCAACGACAGCAGCAUUGAAGUGGAAAACGAUUCAUCGGGUGUUUCAGCCGAAAGUGCCUCACAGGACUGGAGAGAUGAAUCUACAGAGGAGAUGGAGGACUCUGUCUGCAGAGCAGACUCCACAGCCAGUGAGAACUCUGUGUCUGCGCUGCACGACGAAUCAAAACCAGAGGAUGACGUGUUCCUGUCGCCCACCAAGUCCCGUACCACCGAGGAUCUGUUUGCUAUGAUCCACAGGUCCAAGAGGAAAUUACUGGGGAGGAAAGAUUCCACGGAGAUGGCUGGGAGGAACCGCCUCAGUGCUUCGUCUGGAAGCAUUUUGUCCAACAGCAGCGUCGGUUCCCCRGCCUCAGCUGCAUCGCCCUCCCCUGCUGCCACACCGCCCGGCUCGCAUCGAGUCUCGGGUCCCAUCUACAGGAACGCAAAGAAGUCCAGCACCUCCAGCGAAGAGUUCAAACUGCUGCUGCUCAGAAAGGGAAGCCGCUCCGACUCCAGUUACCGCAUGUCGGCUGCAGAGAUCCUGAAGAGUCCCAUCACUUCCAAAUCACCCGGAGACUCUAUGAYGGAGUCCCCCAGGCAGUCAGAGGAGCCCGCCUCCCCCCUGCAGCUGCUCCAGUCGGGACAAGACCAGCUUUUCAACCCUUACCCUAAAGCAAACUCCGAGGGCUUCUCCCCGAAAUCCUUCCUCGCGUCUCCUUCUUCCAGGCAGGGCCGCUCCCGAAUCCCGCCACCCGCCAGCAGCAGCCGCUACAGCAGCCGCAGCAGACUGUACUCAGCCCCCAUGCAAGCUAUUUCUGAGGGCGAGACGGAAAACUCAGACGGAAGCCCCCACGAUGACUGCUCGUCGCAGGGGUCCAUGUAGAAAACAGAACAAAGGAGGAACCAUUAAAUAUGUUUACAUCAAAAACUAACAGACCAGAAAAAAAGAUAAUUUAUAGAAGCAGAAAGCAGGAGCUGAAAUAAUAAGAAAUACAUCCGAAUACUUUCUUUUGGA